AUGUCUCUGACUGCGGGCUUCAAGAAGCUCCAAAAUGCCAAGGACUGCAAGUCGCUGCUCAAGAAGUACCUCACCAAGGAGGUCUUCGACAAGCUCAAGCACCGCAAGACGGCCAUGGGCGCGACGCUGCUUGACGUCAUACAGUCCGGUGUGGAGAACCUCGACAGCGGCGUGGGCGUGUACGCACCGGACGCCGAGUCGUACCGCGUGUUCGCCGACCUGUUCGAUCCGGUCAUCGAGGACUACCACAAGUUCAAGCCCAGCGACCGGCAUCCGCCCACAAAUUUCGGCGACCUGAGCACGCUCAAGAACGUCGACCCGACCAACGACUUCGUCGUGUCCACUCGCAUUCGAUGCGCCCGUUCUCUCCAGGGCUACCCGUUCAACCCUUGCCUGACCGAGUCUCAGUACAAGGAAAUGGAGAAGAGAGUAGUGUCGACACUCCGGUCCCUGGAGGGCGAGCUGAGCGGCACCUACUACCCUCUCACAGGCAUGGACAAGAAGGUCCAGCAGCAGCUCAUCGACGACCACUUCCUCUUCAAGGAGGGAGACCGCUUCCUGCAGGCGGCCAACUCGUGCCGCUUCUGGCCCACCGGUCGAGGCAUCUUCCACAACGACGCCAAGACCUUCCUGGUGUGGUGCAACGAGGAGGACCACCUGCGCAUCAUCUCCAUGCAGAAGGGCGGCAACAUCAAGGAUGUAUUCACUCGGCUUGUCAAGGCCGUCAAGGCCAUUGAGAAGAAGCUGCCCUUCUCUCGAGAUGACCGCUUCGGGUACCUGACCUUCUGCCCCACCAACCUGGGCACCACUAUUCGAGCCAGCGUGCACAUCAAGAUACCCAAGCUGUCGUCCAACAUGUCCAAGCUCGAAGAGAUCGCGUCCAAAUACGAGCUCCAGAUUCGAGGCACCCGCGGAGAGCACACGGCGAGCGAAGGCGGCGUCUACGACGUCUCCAACAAGCGCCGGCUGGGCCUCACCGAGUACGAAGCCGUCAGGACCAUGCAGGAAGGAAUCCUCGAGCUCAUCAAGCUCGAAAAGGAGGCCUAGACCCCGACACCAAUGCCGCGCAACAUUUCAGCCGCCGAAUGCGCGUGGAGCUCAGCAGGCUGAAGGCCCCUCAUUUUGGAAAACGAGCCACCCGAGAAAAAGAAAAUAAGAAUGAGUUCACGGGUCACCGCCGAAUCCUGCCAUUGAGUCACCAGUGGCAAAUGCAAAAAUUAAAUCUUCAUUCGAGGUUGAUAAACUGUCUUGCGUUGUCUAGCUAGCUAUUACUGUUAUCUUUCACUCACAGCGCCUGUUGGCGAUGUGGGUGAAAGAUAAAUAAACCCAUGAGCAACG